AUGGGGGAGCCUGCUUCCUUGGUCACUGAAGACCAAGCCAGUGGCCGGAGCUGGUGCUUGAGGCGGGUGGGGAUGAAUGCCGAGUGGCUGUUGCUGGAGGACGGACGUGAGCAGAAUCCUGAGGGUCAGUGGACAAUUAUGGACAACAAGGGUGUUUGUUCUGAAAAGGCAGAAGGUUUUGCAGCAGCAGAGUCUGAAUGGUUGAACAGAGAGCACCUGGAACCAUUAAAGCUUUAUUUCAUCCAUAAGGGAGACCACAUCCAGCUUGGGGUGCCUCUGGAAAAUAAGGAGAAUGCAGAGCAAACCCAAAAGGGGAGCUCAAAGAAAAUCAUGAAAAUGGAGCAGGAACUGCAGGACUUACAAUCCCAGCUGUAUGCGGAGCAGGCUCAGCAGCAGGCAAGAGUAGAGCAACUAGAAAAGACUUUCCAGGAAGAGGAGCAGCAUCUCCAGCAUCAAACUCUAAUGGAAGAGAUAAAUCGCAGUAAGAAGGAUUUUGAAACAAUCAUUCAAGCUAAGAACAAAGAAUUGGAGCAGACCAAGGAAGAAAAGGAGAAGGUGCAAACACAGAAGGAGGAAGUGCUUAGCCACAUGAAUGACGUGCUAGAGAAUGAGCUCCAGGGUAUUAUUUGUUCAGAAUACUUCAUUGAGGCGGUCACCUUGAACUGUGCCCACAGUUUCUGCUCCUACUGUAUCAAUGAAUGGAUGAAGCGGAAGAUAGAAUGCCCCAUUUGUCGGAAGGACAUUGAGUCCAAAACCCACUCCCUGGUUCUGGACAAUUGCAUUAAUAAGAUGGUGGAUAAUCUGAGCUCAGAAGUGAAAGAAUGACGAAUUGUCCUCAUUAGGGAACGAAAAGCAAAGAGAUUGUCCUGAAGACCAGCGUGAAGGACAUUUGAAAGACUCCAAGGCAAUGGGAGCUUGGGAUGUUCUUGAGGAAUGUCUCUGGGUGUGAUUCGGGCCACUCUGGAGGUCAUCAGAGACGCCACGUGGGACAGAGACUGAGUUAGGAAGCCCUGCAUCACCCACCUCCGUGAUGGCCAGCUCUGCUGCCAUCGUCGUCUGAAGCAAUACCAGGACUCACAGCACCAAGUGCUUCAGGGUACUUAACAGACUGCUUCACUACAUGUUGGAUGGGUUAUUUAAGUUCUGUUUUUUGUUUUUGUUUUUUUAAUUUGUUGUUGUUGUUUUUGCUACCUCAGAAGCACUCAGUUGAUGUUC